AUGGACGACCUGUCGAACCUGGACUGGUCCGCAAAGCCGACGGCGAACCAAGCGAGACCGCCGCCGAUGAACCCAAGCCGAGCGUUCUCCUCAUAUCGAGCCUCUCCCUCUCCCUUUGGUGGUUCUGGCCGCAGCACGCCCAACCAAGGGCAGCAGGCACCUCGCCCGCAGCAAAACGCACCACCCCCGAAACCGGCACAGGACAGCUUCAGCAACUUGAUGAAUUUCGGCCCAUCGAAGCCAACGCAGAACCUCAGCUUAGCGGAGCGCCAGGCCCAGCUCGAAGCCGAGAAGAGAAAGAAGGAGGAGGAGAAGAGGAAGCAGACGGAGGCUGCUUUUGGCAACGGGCAAUUCUGGGAUAGUCUUGGGAAUAGGGGUACUUCGGCUAGUCCUGCUGCUGCCCAACCGAUCGGAGCGGCACCGAUCUCGACCGACGACGAUGACCUCUUCGCGGCGUUCAGCAAAGACACCAAGGUCGAUAAAGCGAGCCAUUUUCCACCUCCCGAGUCACAAAGAUCCACCCCCGCGGCUGGCAUCGACCUCAGCAAUCCAUCUGCUUGGGGAGCUGCGCCCAAGUCAAAUGGCGGGGCUCCACCAGCGGCCGAAGACGACGAUGACCCCUUUGGGUUGAACGAAUUCAAUUCAAGCUCGAAGAAGGCCCCUCAGCAGACGACUGCGGAUGACGACGAUUUUCUUGGAGAUCUGGGCCGGCCGGUCGAGGAGAUCCGGCAGCGGCAACAGCAACAGCAAAAAGCAGCCCAACCGAAGCCCGAACCGGGAAAGCCCAUUGAGCUUGAUGACGAGAGUUCCGACGACGAGUCGGGGCUCAUGCACCAUCACCAAGAUGCACGACAGUCACGACAGCGACAGGAAGCACGACCUCGUCAGAAGCCGCCCUCGACAGGCCUGGAUGAGACUUUGGCACAACUGGUGGACUACGGGUUUUCGCCAGAGGAUGCUCGCAGGGGAAUCAUCGAAAGCGGCGCAGGGAACAACGUACAGGCAGUGGCCAAUUGGCUAUUGGAUGAUGCGCACCGUAAGGCUAAGGAGAAGGCUACGGGACGAAGUGCUUCCAAUGGUCCUAGCCAACCUAGGAGGCAGCAGAGUGCAUCACCAGCCCCAAGCAGUGACGGUGACUUUACUAAAACUGCCUCUGCCGUGGGUAAUAGUUUGUUUAAGACUGCAAACUCGCUCUGGAAGACUGGUCAGAAAAAGAUGCAACAAGCGGUCGCCGAUUUCCAGCAAGACGGAGGAGACCCAAACCAGCCCCGCUGGAUGAGAGAAGCUCAACAGGCUGAGGCAAGGGGCUUUCGUCCAGAAUCCGAUGCCACUGACGAGGCUAUGAUGCUGGAAUCGGGCGGUCCUCCAAGGGCUGCGAGAUCUACCAGCCGUCACUCUCCCGAGCCUAGGGCUAUGUCAAACUCCUCACGAGGCUUCCCCACCUCCCAACCAUCAUCAAGUCGAAACAGCCCUGCCCCUCGAUGGCAGCAGCAAACUGCCCCGCCGUCUACCUUCGACGCAAAGGCGAAACUCAGCCGACUGAAUGAUGAUGACUUCUCCUCAUACAGCAGUCCCAACAGAAGGAGAAAGGCAGCUCCACCAAAGGAGGAGAAGAAGCCGGAGCCGGAGCCGGAUUUGUUAUUCAAUACAGAGGCUCCCAGAGCAUCGCAACCUCUGCCUCAUCGACCUGCGCAAAGCGCGCCACCUCAACAGCCGGCCAGGAGACCGCAGGCACAGCCUGCCCCACGGCCUCAGGCAAAAUCCGCUUCCCCUGCCCCUCCUCGACCGAAGCGUGCCAUUCCAGCCAUUUCGCCCGACGCCCUCCAGACAUCGACGAAGCAUCGCCACACCGGUACCGCGCAUUUCAAGCGAGGCGACUAUGCCGCCGCUCAUGCGUCUUAUUCUUCUUCCCUCUCAACUGUCCCCUCGACACACCCUCUCGUCAUUGUCCUCCUCACUAAUCGUGCGUUGACGGCAUUGAAGACGGGAGAGCCGAAGCAGGCCGUUGACGAUGCCGAUGAAGCGAUCAAGAUUAUCGGCCCCGGCAAUGGUGCAGGGGAGUCCGUCGCGGUCAAGGGAGAGUCGGGGCAGGAUGAGAUGCGUGACAUGAAGGAGCUCUACGGAAAGGCCCUCAGCCGCAAAGCCGAGGCGCUGGAGCAGAUGGAGAAGUGGGCUGACGCCGGGGCAGUCUGGACGCUCUGCGUCGAGGGCGGCGUCGGCGGACCCAACGCGAUCAAGGGCCGGCAGCGGUGCCAGGCCGCCGUCGCCCCCAAGCCCAAGCCCGUGGCCAAGCCUGCCGCCAGGCCCCGGCCGAAGCCUUCUGCGGCCGCCAGUCUGGCGCCUCAGAAGGAUUCCGAGGCUGUCACGAGGCUUAGGGAGGCCAACCAGGCGGCGGCGAAGGAAGACGACGAGAAAUUUGCGCUCGCUGAUAAGGUCGACGCAAAGAUCUCGGCGUGGCGCGACGGCAAGCGGGAUAACCUUCGGGCCCUGCUUGGCAGUCUAGACAAUGUCCUCUGGGAGGGAAGUGGGUGGAAGAAGGUCGGGAUGCACGAGUUGGUCAUGGCCAACAAGGUCAAGAUUGCCUAUAUGAAGGCAAUUGCCAAAACCCAUCCUGACAAGCUUCCCCAAGAUGCAAACACAGAGGUGCGCCUGAUUGCCGGAUUGGUCUUCAGCACCUUGAACGAGAGUUGGGAUAAAUUUAAGGCGGACAACGGGCUAUGA